CUGAGAGAGGACGGCUCGUCUCGGGCUGCGGACGGAAAGAAGGAAAAUACCUAUGGUGAUACAGGGCCCGGCAGUCUCCCAUUCUCCAACAAAUUCUGAAGUGGUGACCAUAACUGUCAAUGAAGAGGCAGUUGAGGUGCCAAAUGUCACCACUCCAGCUGCUGAACCCAUCCCUAAACAAGCAGGAAGUAUGGACCCAGUAACCUCCAGGGGCAAGUGGAGUACAAGAAAACUGCUAUACGACCAUGAUUGGAUUGAAGACACAGAUAUGAAACUUGGUGAAAUGUCCAAAUAUAGACAUGAACAUUUUUUGCAAAAGAGGGAGAAACUUUUAGACCUGCAAAUAAAACAUAUGGAGACACAACUGGAAGAAGCUACAAUCCGUAGAGAAAUUGUCAGGAAAGAAUUGGAGAAAAUCAGCAAGCAAGCAUAGAUGUAAAACAAUAAAGCAACUUAGUAGCAA